AUGCUCUCCGUCAACAAUAAGGCACACCUGGAACUUUUUUAUACUUAUGAUGUCAUGGAUGGUCGUAUUAGUCAUCAUGCCACUAAUGACCAUAUAUUUCAUCAGACAAUAGAUCAUAUUUUGAUUGAAAACCAUUAUGUAAUGGAUGAUAAUUCUAUGGACUAUAGUCAUCGUUCACUGAAUAUUCAUAUUAUGAAUUAUGCUCAUAAUACUUUGAAUGAUCAUAUUAUGGAUAAUAUUGAUCAUUCUCUGGAUGAUUAUAUUAUGGGUGACAUUCAUUAUACUCUUGAUGAUUAUAUUACGGGUGAUAUUCAUCAUUCUCUGGAUGAUUAUAUUACGGGUGAUAUUUACCAUACUCUGGAUGAUUAUAUUAGGGGUGAUAUUCAUCAUACUCUGGAUGUUUAUAUUACGGGUGAUAUUCAUCAUACUCGGGAUUAUGGAGGAUAUUCAUCAUAA